GGAUUAUAUUGGUGCGCGCGCCGCGGAAGCUGGCCUACGAAUGACCUUCUUCUUCACAGACCAUCCUCUAUUAGGCCUCGGCCUCGUCGCAUUGAUCCUCGGCCACGCGGUAGCCUUGGCCUGGUGGGUGAAACAAGCUAUGAAGCCGAUGGCGCGAGGCAGCGGCGACCCCUGGCUGCUCCAGAAGAACAAAUGAGGCCCUUCGCAGUUAUCAGAGAGGCGCUUACUGAAGCGCAGCUCGAGGCCUUGCGCGGCGAGGCCGACGCGUUGGCGGCGGAAGCUCCGCCCUCGCUCGAGAAUGGGUGUGUGUGUGAACCUUUGAAAGAUCAACCGGAAGGUGAUUGGCGCAUUGAUAGAGCGGCCUACGUCGCCGCACGGAAACGCCCUCCAGCAGAAAGGGUGCUCUUCGAAGUGCUGCCUCGAAUCGCGGAGCAGCACCUCGGUUCAUCACAGGUAGUGCUCUUCAACGAGCACUACGUCGUCAAGCCACCUUGUACGUCCGUCGAAUUCCGCUGGCACGCCGACGCCGAGCUCCAGAUCCCGGGCUGGAGUCCGGAGACGUGCCCGCGCUACGUGAGCUGCUGGUGUGCGUUGGACGAUUGUGAUGAGGCGAACGGCUGCCUCGUCGUCAAACAUGCGGGUGAGGCGGUGCCCGUCCGCUGCGGCGCCGGCGACGUCGUAUUAUUGGCGGACGACUGCGUUCAUUCGUCUGGUGCCAACGCGUCGUCAUCUGCGAGGCGCGCCUACUACGCGCAGUACUCUUCGGCACCCAUCGUGGCCGGCGCGGGGCCCCUGCGGCUGGCGAUCCCGUGUCCUCCGCCGGCGCCCGUCGAGCUGCCCGUCCAGCGCGCGGUGCUCUUCCCCGAGCUCGUCGGGCGCGGGCCGCCGGCCGGCGCGGCGCCGGCGCCGGUCGCGGCGCCCGCGCCCAAACCGGAGCCGCCGGCCGCGCCGACGACGGCCCCGCCGCCGCGCAAGCGGCCCCGCCUCAACUUACGAGGCCCGGACGUCGACGACUGUCUGAGGGAGCUCCGCGCCAUCACCACCCAGGCCGCCGUCGACGCGCCCGACGCGUCGCUGCUCGAGGCGGCCGCCGCCAAUCAAGGGAAUGAGGAGGCCUGGCGUUUGGUGUGCGACAAGGCCUACCAGGUGCUGCACGACCCUUCACGGCACUGGCGCGACGCUCCUAUCGAGUGGAGAAGAGCUUACGCCGUGGCUGCUUAUUAUAGAGCGUCUUUACUAGAUGAUGUUGAGGAAGCGGUCCGACAGGCGGACCUAGGGCUCAUGCUCGGUGAUACAAGACACAGAUCACAACUACUAGAACUCAUCGAGGCGCUGGACCCCGAACCUUCAACAUAUGAAGGACCGCCGUGGAAAAGUCCGAUGCCCAAUUCCUGUGCUCGUAGUGUCUCCUCCUCGCAGGAUAUCUUGCGAUUGUCAGCACCAUCAAUCUCCACAUUCAAGAAUGAAUGCUUUGACGUGUCAACACCAGCGGUACUCGAGGGCUGCAUAGAGCACUGGCCGGCGCUACAAAAGUGGUCGGACCUGGGCUAUUUGGACCAUGUGGCUGGGAGACGUUUGGUACCCGUCGAGUUGGGACGACACUACUUGGAUGAGAAAAUGAACGAGCAGCUCAUGCCCCUCUCUUCGUUCCUGCGGGAAUACGUGCAAAGGGGCGAUGCCCAGGCUUAUCUCGCGCAGCACGCUUUAUUAGAUCAAAUACCUAGAUUGAGGAGAGAUAUAGCGAGUCAUGACUACUGCGGGUGUGGCGAGGGAGACGUGAUUCAGAACGCGUGGAUCGGCUACGGUACCAUUAGUCCCUUGCAUCGAGAUAAGUCGCACAACCUGCUCGCGCAAGUCGUCGGCGCGAAAUAUGUUCGACUAUAUGCGCCGUCGGAGUCGUCUUCAUUAUAUCCUGUCUCAGACGGUGUCCACCGGGACGUGUCGUCGCAAAUUGAUCUGGACGCGUUUUCUCCGACCAAUCCUUAUAAAAGAAGGGAGGCGCUCCGGAAGUUCCCGCUCUUUGAAAGUGCGUCCUAUGUCGAUCUCAUAUUAUUGAAGGGCGAGGUCCUGUACAUCCCGCCGGGCUGGUGGCAUUAUGUCGAAGCUCUCGAAUACUCGUGUAGCGUGUCGUCGUGGUGGGGCCGACGACGCGAGUAAUAUCAUUAUGUCG